AUGCUUCGUCUUGGUCAGCUUUGGGGUACCGCUGCUCUUGCGGCGUUGGCAGUUGCUGCUCCUUCUCAACCUAUUCGUCGAGAUGUGUCGGCUGACUUGCUUGGUCAAUUGACUCUAUACUCUCAAUGGGCCGGGGCUUCAUACUGCACGAACAACAACAACUCAACCGGCAAUGCGCUAUCUUGUGCGGAAGGCAACUGCCCAUUAGUAGAGGCCGCUGACACCCUCACUCUAUAUGAGUUUGAUAAGAAAUGCAGCUAUGGAGAUGUUGCCGGCUUCCUCGCAGUGGACAAAACGAACAAGCUACUUGUCGUCUCCUUCCGAGGUAGUCGCUCACUAAGCACCUGGCUUGCGAACAUUGACUUUGGCUUGGACGAUUCCACUGGCAUAUGCAGCGGCUGCGAAGUCCACGGCGGAUUCUGGGAUUCUUGGAAGACUGUUGCGGACGAUCUGACAGCCAAGAUCAAAGCCGCCCAGACAACAUACCCGGGCCACACUCUCAUCGUGACAGGCCACAGCUUUGGCGCAGCUAUUGCCUCUGUGGGAGGUACUGUUCUUCGAAAUGCAGGAUUUGAUCCCCAGGUGUACUCCUACGCCUCCCCACGACUGGGCAAUAAAGCUUUUGCUCAAUAUAUGACAGAUCAGGGUAGUCUCUGGCGAGUCACACAUACAGCUGAUCUGGUGCCUAAGCUGCCACCUGCGUUCGCUGGGUUUAGCCACUCAAGUCCCGAGUACUGGAUUACUAGUGACGACCAGGCAACAGUGACCACGUCUGAUAUUGAUGUCAUUGAAGGUGUUGGUUCGAAGGCUGGAAAUGCUGGAACAUCGAAAGCGGAUACUGAGGCACAUAAUUGGUACUUGGGACAUAUUGAUGCAUGCCAACUGCCCUCCAACCUGACCAUGUUGUUCGCUCCUAGUGGGCCUCAGGGCCCCCGACGUCGCAGUCGGAUGAAGGCCAUCUUCCUUACCAUAUUCAUCGUCUUUGCUCUGUACUUUUUAUUCUUUUCGACAACCGCAAAAUCUCCCGUGAAGGUGAAGACUGAAGCAGGCAGCUAUGCGCAGAAACAUGGAUCGGCGAAACAAACAGGCGAGCUGGCUCGUCCUGUACGGAAACAAAAGGAUAUGAUCGUGGCUAGCAUGAAAAAUGAUGACACCUCAUGGCUAUCAGAAUACUUCCCCGACUGGACGAAAAGUAUCUACGUGGUGGAUGACAAGCACGCGCCAUUGACGGUUACACGCAACAAAGGCCGGGAGUCGAUGGUAUACUUGACAUACAUCAUCGACAAUUACAAUAACCUACCGGACACGAUGCUCUUCAUUCACUCCAAACGCUACCAAUGGCACAAUGACGACCCAUACUACGAUGGUAUCCCACCACUCCAGAACUUCCAGAUCCCAUACCUACAAGAGCAAGGAUAUGUCAACCUACGAUGUGUUUGGACCCUUGGAUGUCCGGCAGAAAUCCGUCCUCUCACCGAUACGCACCGCAGCGAUGUACAUGCAGGAGAAUACUUCAAGAAUGGGUUCAUGGAGCUAUUCCCUGGGGUCCCAAUCCCAGAGGAGGUAGGCGUAUCAUGCUGCGCACAAUUCGGUGUGUCCCGUGCCAAGGUGCUGGAACGGCCGCGUAGUGACUACGAGCGAUUCCGCACAUGGCUGAUGGACACGCCGCUAGGGGAUGAUUUGAGUGGACGAAUUAUGGAAUAUUCAUGGCACAUGAUAUUUGGAAAAGACCCUGUGCAUUGCCCCAAUGCAAAGGAAUGUUACUGUAAAGUAUUUGGACUGUGUGAUCUGACCUGCCCAUGGGAAGGUGGCUGUGAUGAUCGCUAUUCUCUGCCACCAUUCUCCUCGCUGCCAAAGGGGUGGCCGAAUAUUGGAUGGAAGGGCCAACCACAAGACACUACACACGGAUUACCGGAAACUUGA